GUGCUGUGUCCCUGAACCGUUUUCUUUGAGAGAGUUUAUAUCAAGACCCCCAGUGGGGUCUGUACGACUGCACUGCACGAUGAUUCGUCAUGACGAAGAAAACCAUUUGUCCACUGGAACAUGUUACACGUUGUAUUUAGAGUACUUGGGAGGUUUGGUGCCGCUCUUGAAAGGGAAGAGAACCAGCAAAAUACGACCUGAGUUCGUGAUAUUCGAUCCACAGAUGGAAGAUUUCCACCUGAAUUCCGCCGAAUCGAAGUCUUCGUCUUCAUCCACGAACUCAGGAGGCGGUUUCGGAGGGUGCAAUAGUGACACGUCAGAUACGGACAGGGAAGAUGGCUGUACAGGCUCACCGCGGGUGCAGCGCAGAAAGAAGAGGAAGCAUCGAGCGUCGGGAGGGGUGGGUGGUACCGGUGAGAGACCGAUGCAAUGGGUGGAGGCCAGGGACAGCGAGCACGAGCAGGAUUUGGCCUAUGUGGAUACACUGCCGGAGCAAAUUCGCCUAGUUGAAGUAACUUCCAAUAUUUGGGGGACCAAAUUCAAGAUACAUGGCCUAGCGACGUCUGUUCCUGCAAACCUAGGCCAAGUAACGUACAAGACAUCUUUGCUGCAUCUUCAGCCACGCCAGAUGACUUUGGUCAUGACUGAAUUACGAGACGACUUCCCAGCAGGUCCCGACCCAACAUUCAAUCCAAACGUUUUUUCCGAGGACGAAGAAGAGGCGGCGUUGAUAGCAGCGGAGAAGCAACGGAACAGCAAAGCAGCAUGUGGACGUGGUAUGGAUUGCCCUCCUAUUGCUCCCAUGUCACCUCGAGCACCCGGACUGGCAGCCAGACAUAAAAGUGCUUAUAUGGGAACAGAGCAUCUGGUCAGAAAGACAGAUUCACUUAUGUCUAUUAUCAUGAAACAAGACCUGCCAGACAUUCCACAUCACCCGCAACGAUUGAUAGCAGAUACGAGCGAAACGCCAACGACAUCAAGUUGCUCUGAUUAUAUCCGUCCAUCAGCUGUGAUGCCAUCUUGUGGUACAUCGGCAACACCGCAACAUCAUCUGAGACCUGGUAGCGUUGGACUGAUGACGUCUUUUGGACAAACUAAUGGCAGUCAGAGACACGCCAUAUCACCCAUAUGUUGCGAGGUCUCAGUACCACAGCUGCAAUCUCCAAAGAACGCCGUUGCACCAAGUGAUAUAAUAUUCGAUAGACCGCCAGCCUCUACGAUUAUUUCGUAUUCUAAUAGCGAGUACUUCCAAAUUAGACCAUCCAGUUACUCCAGCACAAAUGACCCCAGAAGUAGUAUCAACGGACCUAGCCAAAACGGAACCUCCGCAUGUAGCACCAAUAACGUUACCAGCACCAACAGGUGCACUAGUGGAAGCAGUCAAACUGAGUGUGGUACAAGAUGUGGCAGCGCAAUGAAGAGCUGCAGUGGUAGUAGUGCUGAAAGGCAAGCGUCCAGUUGCGCGAGUAAGGAAUUGAAGUUUAUUGAUGAGGAGCCUAGUACCUCUGGCGCUGAAUCGUCAGAUGUGUGUAGAAAAAUUACUCAUGUAGCUCAGGUGCAGGCACCGCCUUACCUGAUCGACUCGAUGGUCAGAAGUUGCAGUGUAGGAUUUUUGGACACAGUAGAUGCUCACUUAGUGCCUAGUGAUGAAUCACUCCAUCUUCUGUGCAAAGAUAUACCGAAACGCCUAGUAUUAGUCAAUAAGAAGCCUAAGGCCCGUAAGCAGAACCGUCUGAAUGCGAGGCAACUGGAACAGAUCACAAAAGCAACUGAUGCAGGUCUGAAAUUGAAAAGCUGUGGUAAAUCAAAAAGUCUCGAUUCUAGUGAUAUUUUUCCAAAUAGCGAAAAUAGUUCUUUUAGUAUUAUGAAGAACAAGGUAGAAAACAUACCAGAAAUAGAAUCUGUAUCGACAACCAAAUGUCAUAACAUAAAUAGCAAAGCAGACACAAACUCAAUAACGGUGAUCGAGGAGAACUCUAAGAACAGUAACAAUAGUGCCAGCAUCAAUAACAACAAUAACACAAAAAGCACAAAACGCGAUUUCUUUUCAUCGCCACUGAUGAGAAGAAAGAAAGACGAUUCUAUGAACAAUGAGAAAAACAGAGGGAGAAAUAGUCAUAAAAAGGUGAACGCCAAUCAGAGGAUAGAAAACAAUGGAGAACGGAACGGAGUGUCGAUACAUACGCAAGCACUGGCAAACCUGGAGAAGUUGAUAACUAGGUUAAGGGAAGACGACAGCAAAUCACCGCCUGCUAGCCCUAGGCUUCCUAAAAGCUCACCAAGCUCACCUGCACCUAGUAAGAAAGGUGUUAGGCCACAGUCUGCAUCCCCAAUUAGAAGGAAGUUACUCAAUUCCCCUCUACUGGGCAGAAGGAGUAAAAAAAGUAAAACUCAAGAGAGCUCUGACGAUGAAGUAAAUGCUUCUGGAGAUGAAAUCUUCAAUGGCACAAACUACAAGGAUUUAGAGACCUUUCAGAAAUCUCAGUUAAGGCAAAAGCUCAAGCGAGGAAGGAUAGAGCCAAAUGGUAGCAGUAACUGCAACAACCAAACAAUACCUCAGAGAAGAGAAUUUGUGAUGCACAACAAAGCUCCCAUGUGGAACGAGAACAGUCAAGUGUAUCAGUUAGAUUUUGGAGGAAGAGUUACACAGGAGUCUGCUAAAAAUUUUCAAAUUGAGUUUAGAGGAAAACAGGUGAUGCAGUUCGGACGGAUCGAUGGGAAUGCUUACACCUUAGACUUUCAGUACCCGUUUUCGGCACUCCAGGCGUUCGCGGUAGCUUUAGCUAAUGUUACCCAAAGACUUAAAUGAUUUCCGUCGAGAAAGACGAAAAACUAUCGCCAUCGCAGUAUCGAUUUUCUAAACAGUCUACAGCGUUUUAUAGGAAAUUUUUCGACAGUGUCUUCUGCUUAUGCAUGUCUUAUUUUGACAGCUCUAGCACAGGUAUAAUCAAUUAAAAGAAGUCCAAUUGUGAGAAAGUAACUAUUCUAGAGCCGGGAUGUAAAGCUUACAUUAAUUAGGAACAGCCGUCAUGCAUUCGUUACUAAUUUUUAAUUCCACUUCUCUAAAUUUUAACUGGUUGACCCUUGGGUACGUUAGAGUCCACAGCGCUUGCAGUUUGUACAAGUCCUUCCCCUUAAGGUUAUGUGUGGUAAAAAAAUGGAAUCAUCAUCUUGUUACAUUUGUGGCUGUGUUAAAAAGAUCUUAAGAUUCAUAAAUCGUGGAUUAAAUGCUAGAAGAGCUAGUAUUAAAUUUAAAGGAAUGUUGCGAUACAACCUAUACAGGGUGACUUCGAAGUUGAGUCAUUUAUUUUAACAGUGAGUAGGUC